AUGGACCCCAGUGACGAUCCGGGCGAACGAUCGACUUGCACCACCAGCACUUUUGUCGACGACUUUUCCAACUACUGGACUCCGGUUAUGUACUACCGCGCCAGCAACGGGACAUACAAGCGCGUGAGGCAGCUGGGGGCUUUGUUCCACGAGGAGGCGCGCGGCGGCGGUAUAACGAUUUACUACUCCGCCCACCAAAACUUUACCGACACGGUUGCGUUUAAGAAGGGAUUUCGCAUGCGCAACGGCGACCCGAACGUUCGCACCGCCGAGGAAGCCUCCAAGUAUAGGGGCAUUGAUUAUACGUGUAUGUUGGACGAAGGCACCCGGUUCACAAACCGGUCGGCCACGUUCCCAGACCAUCAGUGCCCGGCGGGGAUCCUGACGACGAUCUACUUUCCACCGUGCUGGGACGGCGUCAACCUCGACAGCCCCGAUCAUUACAGCCACGUCGCGUGGCCGGCCGAGGGCGGCGACGUCGGCAUAGGCGCGCUCUGCCCGGCCACGCAUCCCGUCAAGAUCCCCCAGAUCAUAUAUGAGAUCCGGUGGGACACGCGGAGAUACAACGUGGGAGGGAAGGGGGGCCUGUGGCCAGAAGAUGGCAGCCAGCCGUUCGUGUGGAGUUUUGGUGACAAUGUGGGCUAUGGCAACCACGGCGACUACCUCUUUGGCUGGAAGGGGGACUCGCUGGACAAGGCCUUCAAACAGAAAAACUGCGUCGACCAGAUCUGCGGUCUAGAUACACAGGAGAUUCCAGAUGCAAACAAAUGUAUGAUCAAUCCCAUGGUUGAUGAACCUGUGGAAGGGUGGUUGGACAGACUGCCGGGGAUGGAAGUAUGA